CGUUAGCUUGCGGUGUCAGCUCGCAAGCCAAAUAAGAAACAUGGCCGCCCCGAAGGCAAGGUUUGACGCUGCUGUAAAAGUGAUACAAAGUUUGCCCAAAAAUGGGUCCAUCACUCCUUCCCACGAGACCAUGCUCACCUUCUACGGCUACUACAAGCAGGCCACGAUUGGUCCCUGUGACAUCAGUAGGCCUGGCUUCUGGGACGUGGUUGGCAAGGCUAAGUGGGAGGCAUGGAAUCGUCUAGGCAACAUGCCCAAAGAAGAGGCCAUGGACAACUAUGUGGACACUCUGAAAAAGAUCAUUGAGGCACUACCACAGGACAAAGAAAUGCAGGACUUCAUGCAUGUUCUCGGGCCAUUCUAUGAACUUGUUGACCUGGAAAGCCCUUACCAAGCAGGGAAAUCUUCACUGGACCAAUCGGAACCGUCCAUCUCUGACCAACCAGUUCUUGCCAUCAAAGAAAAUGGAGAGAUUCCAACCAAUCACGUUGGUGAGAGUGAGACCUUGGAUGAUUUGCAAACUAAUAAUAACAAAAUCACAGAAAAAUCCACAGAAAAUUCUGAAGAAAAUGAAACUGAAGUAACCAAUCAGAUGCAAGAUAGAGAAACAGGUAAUACUGGAGUGCAGGAGGAAGAAACAAAUCACAGAGGAGGGGAUGUCUCAACCAAUCACAGAGAAGAAGAGGUAGUGACCAACCAGAGAGAAGCAGAGGCUUUGACCAAUCACAAACAAGCCCAAGGAGACAGCAGCCAAUCAGAGGAUAGAGAAGUUCCUGAGGUGGAAGUAGAGGAAGUGAAGGAGGAAGUUCAACCUGGCAAAGGUAUUUAUGAUGGUAGAAGUCCCUAUGGAAACCAAGUGACCACGCCCCCCGUUACCAAGGUGAUGCUGAUGGAGAUUCCGACCCCGCCCGUGAUUAUUGACACCCCGCUGCCAGCCAAGCAUCAUGGGAAGGGUCCUAAUCUUCCAGAUGAAGAUGGCAGAGAGGAUAGCCUUCCCAGACGGCUGAAUGGCCACAGUUACCCUGCCCAUCAUGUGAACAGUGACUCAGACACUGACAGUGAGCUGUACCAGGAUACUGUGGACACACCUGCUAUCCCUGAUGAGAUGCCAGGCUUGAUAUCUCGCCAAGCAGGCGCUACAUCUCCGAGUAGCCAAAGUCCUGAGGGACUUCCUAGGAGCAACAGCUUUGUGACUCAGGCGGAGAUACACCACGACAGCAAUGGUCUUCCUUCCCAUGGUUCAAUGCAGCAAACAGAAGGGAUGGCGCCAUUCUCGAUUGGCUCGCCCCUUGCCAAUGAUUCUUCUGGGAUGGAAGACUCACAUAACAGCAGUCUGAGCAUGUCGCCUCUGGUUGGUCAGGGCAGGUCAGGUGACGUGGAGAGACGGUUGGAGUUGGAAAGCCCCGCUGUGAUUGGUCGAGGAGGAGGAGAGAUGGGGGGUCAGGGUAAAGGUCAGGGAGGACAGAUGGGCAGCAGGAGGCAGAGUGGGGACAGCACAAGUAGUGGUGGCAGAGGUAGGUUUGGGGAGGAAAUUUUCAUCAUCAGUUUCUUUGUUUUAAUCAGUCACUCUCUACUACUUCUAGCCAGCCUGAAUUUUUUCACCGUCCCCUGGAUUUUGAAUGGAAAUCCUGUCAAGUGCCAGAGGCUUCUACGCGACAGUGCUCGAGACAGAGGGGGUACCCCAGGAAGACGUGGGGCAGGGGGUUACUAUGGAGGAGGGGGUGGAGAUGACGGAGAGAGAGGGAGGGGGCGAGGGCAGGGGUCAUCAGAUGUUAAUGAACACAUAGCCGUCGCCCUGGACCGUCUACAGCAGGACAUGAACUUUGUUCUGGCCAGGCUCAGUACACUGGAGGCACUCUCUACUUCUCAGGCUAGAGGCGGUAUAGUUGCCCCUGCAGUCCAAGCUGUGCAACCCCAACAGCAACAGGAAAGCUCCUGGUGGCCUUUCUCCAACCUGUCUGGAAAAACAGCCUUUUUCAUCUUAGUCUGGCCCUUCAUUGUCAACUGGCUCAUCAAACUGUACUUGAAAAAGAAAAGCAAGGCACACAGGAGGUCACCUUUUAUGUAGAUGUACUGUGUGCUAGCAUCUAGGUACUUUUUAUUAAUGUGUGUAGGGGUGGGUACCGGUACAGAAAAUUCAGGUCCAGGUCUGAAAGAUCAGGUCCAGGUCCGGACCUGAACCUGAUUGUCUGUAAAAACUUUUGAAUAGGUGAUACACAAAAUAAUGGUCCAUUUCGCUUCUAAGGAUUCUGUUUAGUGACUUCCACUGACGUUUUAAAAUCCUAUCUUAAUGUAAACAACACUAACUUCAGCCAAGGUUGAAUGUAGAAACUUGGUAAAAUGACUAUCAAAUCUCCUUUACUUCGGUCUUAUUGUUAUAUUUUCUUAAACAAGUAAGCAUCAAAUUGCGUGAAUGUCUGCCGAUGUAAUAUUUUCAUUUUCUAAUCGGUCCAAGAUCCAGUCUACUGAUUUUUUUCAGGUCCGCUUUUUCUGGACCGGUCCAAUAAGAAAAAACAGUUUUGUACCAGUACACCCUUCCCGGUACCCACCCCUCCCUAGAUGUUGGAAUGAUUUCAUCAUGUUAGAAAAUGAAUCUACCGGUAUACAGCCAUAUAUUAAUUCUGUAACCCAUGUUACAGAAUAAACAAAGGUUUUAACAAACAAAUGUUUUUGAGGGUCAAUAUGAAACAUGUCAUUGAUGGUAGCACUUUUUUCUUGGCCCUGUCAUUGUCAACCAUGCAUGCCACACAGUUCCUUCUUCUCGUGUCAGAAACAAUAUUUUGUCUCAAAAUACCAUAAACAAAAUCAUUUUCAAUCAAGUAGAUAUUAGAUAGGUAUUUGUCACAUUCUACAUUAAAAGUGUUGUUUUGACAUUUAGACUGGUUAGUGAAAUUCCAAAAUUGCCCAUUCAAAGUGUAUAUAUGGAUAGCUGUGACAUCCCUGACUGUUGUUCAAUAUGUAAUGUUGAUCUUGACUUUGUGUUGUUGCUUUGGCUGCUGGAAUGUGAACUUUUGUGUCAACAAGUUGUACAAUGAAAUUAUAAAGAAACAAAUAGAUAAGAAAUCUAGCUAGAUAAAAAAAUUAUUCUGAUUGGCCAGAAAUAUCAAUAAACCAAAAAAAUUGUACUGAUUUGUGCCUUUCAACUGACAAAAAUUUCAAAUCUGGGCAAAAAUGUGCUGUUUGGUUGAAGGUAUACAAGAAAGGAAGUGUUGGUUAUGUACAUAAUAGCAUAUUGAAAAUGAAAUGGAACAGUCAAAUUUUUCUAUAGACUUUUUCUCUCUGACCUGCAAGUGCAAUAAUCAACAAGAAUGUUGGAUAUUUAGAAUACGGGGUGAUGUUGUCUUUUGUUUACAGCCAAAUUAGAUUUGAAAUGUUAAUCAGUGAUAUUAAAGUAUGCCACAUUCUCACGUUGAUAAUGAAUAAUUUCUGUGCUUACCAAAAAUGAUAUGAAACUGUUGAAAAUGUACUUUCAUAAGCCUCAAACUGACAUAUUUAGCCAGUCAAAUUAAUGAUGAAAAUUAAAAUAAGCUCAAACAUUUGAAACAAUGAGAGGGACGGGGAAAAAAUUUAAGCAGGAGACACUUUUCACUUUCACAGGUCUGUGUGCUAUACAUCAUGAUGCCAUAGUUGCUUCAAUUGUCCAGAAUCAGCUUCAGCUUUGAAAUGGAUGAUUUUUUUUCUUACUUAACAAUAUGGAGUAUUUUAAACAGUAUUUCUUUGUUCAGAUCCACAUGAUUAUCCAAAAAAUACUGAUUUUGAUAGCACAAUCAAAAGAGGCACAUUGUGAAAUAUAUCCGAGUCUGAGGUGACUGCAUUGUUUUUACUUUGAAAUGUCUACAUGUGACCGAGAGCACUGAUGUACAAUGUAUAAAUAAGUCUGUUGUUAAACUUUUACAGUUGCCAUUACCAAUGUAGUCAAGCGAUACUAUCAUUGUCAUUGGAAAUUUCUACCCAAACUGUUAUAAAGUCCUAUAUAAAUGCUUUGAACCAUUGAGUUGUAUUUUUCAUUGUUUUAUUGGCUAAAACACACCUGUUUCAAAAUACAUUUUAUGGAAAUGUGAUAUUCUCCUAUCCUCAUAGCAGAUUUUUUAAAUAAACACUAACAGCAAAGAAUGCAGUGUAAAUUGCACACAAUGCAAUCAUGUUUUGUCUUUAUAUAAAAGAUACUGAUAAUUUUACCAAUGUUGAACAACAUUGUAAUUUGUUUGCUUCAUCAUGCUAGUUCUGUGAAUACCUAGCCGUUGUAAAUGUUCCAUCAGUGAAUUCCAGAAUAAAAAAAACAGUCUCAAAGAA